ACUAGCGGCGAUCGCUCCCAUCCGUCAGUCGCGCUCCAACCGCGAAAAAGUUAGCACGUGUUGCGUGCAACAAAUCGGUCUUUGACGGUCCGCACGCUCCAUCAACACGUCGUCGCUACCGGCACAGUUGAAAUCCUCUCAGCGCGGCAUGUGCACCUGACCCCAGUCGCGAUACCGGCUCCAAUACGACCCCCAUAACAAGCACAAGUGAGUGAGGAUCCUUCAGGAUUGUCAAUUAUUUGUGAAAGUUUUUUUCGUGAAACCCCUUACGUGAAAAUUACAACGAUUCUUCAGUGGUACCCUACACACCAUCACAUCACAAAAUGAUACCUCGGCGGAAACACAACGCGUCGUCUGGAUCGCUACCACCCCCCGACGAUAAGCAUGCCAGCAAUGAUUAUAUACUGUCAGACAGCGGAGCGGGUGAAGGUUGGCGGUCACACAUAAAGCGACGGCUCAACCGCAAGACGCUCCACAAGAGAAUACCGAUCACCGCCUGGUUACCUCAGUACAAUUUGGAAAAAGCGAUAGGCGAUCUCAUAGCUGGUAUCACAGUGGGUUUGACAGUAAUCCCGCAGUCUCUUGCCUACUCGAACAUCGCUGGCUUGCCUCCACAAUAUGGUCUAUACGGUUCAUUCUUGGGUUGCUUUAUCUACAUCUUCUUGGGCGGAUGCCGAGCUGUUCCCGCCGGACCCACCGCUAUCGCCUCUCUUCUAACAUGGCAAGUCGCUGGAGGCGUCAUAGAAAAAGCAAUCCUACUGAAUUUCCUCACUGGACUGAUUGAACUACUGAUGGGAGUGCUUGGACUUGGAUUCCUGAUCAAUUUCGUAUCAGGCCCUGUGUCUUCUGGAUUUACAUCUGCAGUUGCAUUGAUGAUUGCCACGUCGCAAGUUAAAGACUUGUUCGCUAUAAACGUGAAGGGUACGACGUUCUUGCAACAAUGGAUAUCAGUAUUCAAGAAUAUUCACAGUGCGUCCUUAUGGGAUCCAAUUCUUGGAUUCAGUUGCAUUGCACUUCUACUGUCUAUGAGGAAAAUUGGUAUGAUUAAACUUGGAGAGAAGUCUUCAGAUGGACCCAGCACUCGGCAGAAAGUGUUGACUAAAUGUAUGUGGUUACUCGGAACCUGCCGUAACGCCAUAGUAGUGGUCCUCACUGGAGUCCUCGGCUUCUGGUUCGUUACUGCAAAGGGUGGCUCACCUUUCCGACUUAUGGGUGAAGGUGUACCGGGCGGUGCCAUACCCUCUGGAGUCCCAACGCCGAUGGUACCACCAUUCAGCUACGUGAAAUCAGAUAACACCACGGUAGAUUUCGUCGAUAUGGUCUCGGAAAUGGGAUCGGGUUUACUGGUGAUCCCUUUGAUAGUGCUGCUUGAAGACAUUGCGAUUUGCAAGGCGUUUUCUGGCGGGAAAACGAUUGAUGCGACUCAGGAGAUGAUCGCUCUUGGACUGAUGAAUGUCGGCAACUCGUUCAUGCAGGCGUAUCCCGGAGGAGGGUCGCUUGCACGUUCUGUAGUUUCCAACGGAUCGGGAGUGAAGACUACGUUCAACGGACUUUACACUGGUCUGAUGGUGAUCUUCGCCUUGCAGUUCUUCACGCAGUACUUCGAAUUCAUUCCAAAGGCGGCAUUGGCUGCUGUCAUCAUCUCUGCUAUCUUGUUUAUGGUAGAAUAUGAUGUCGUCAAGCCAAUGUGGCGAGCCAAAAAAUUGGACCUCAUUCCUGGACUAACGACCUUCGUCCUCUGCUUGGCUUUACCGAUAGAGAUGGGCAUCCUCACCGGAGUUGUUGUCAACAUUGUGUUUAUCCUGUACCACGCUGCUAGACCCAAAUUCUCCGUGGAAAUGUUAAAAACUGACCAAGGCGUGGAAUACCUAAUGAUAACACCAGACCGUUGUCUCAUGUUCCCGUCAGUGGACUACGUACGACGUCUCGUCACCAAGUGCGCGACCGGCAACUCUGUGCCCGUCGUCAUUGAGUGCACUCACAUAUACAGCGCUGAUUACACAGCCGCCAAGAGCAUUGAACAACUAACAGCUGACUUCCACGCGAGACAACAGCCCCUAUACUUCUAUAAUGUAAAACCUUCCGUCUGCUCAAUCUUCGAAGCCGUCGCUAAGCCGGAACACUUCGUCGUCUUCUAUGAAGAUGACGAACUUGACCGACUCUUUACAGCGGACGACAGGAUCGCCCCAACCAAACCCACCCUCCCCUUGAAUGCUUAGCUUGUAAUAUAGGACUAUAUUUUUGGAACGAAUUUGACGGUUUUGGUGCCGUCGUGUAAAUAGUUCGCCGAGUGAACCUCGAAUUUAUCGUGUAUCGAUGUAAAACUUUGUGAUUGGAUGACUUAAAAUGGCCGCCGGUUGACACAAUGAAAUAGAUUUUGUACCAAUGUUCUAUUUUUGGUAAACUUUACCGUUUUAAAUUAAAAAGCAGUAGUUUUCGGGCUAAACUAUACAAAUUGUUCCAGAAAUUUUUCGAAGUCAAAGCUGGUGGUCAUUUUUGUUGGUCAUUUUAGUCACAUGAACUAUAGAUGCUCUAUUUUAGUUAUGUAAGGGUCGGAAGGUGAAUGGCUGUGCAGCUGGAUCCGGGGACCGGACGUCCGCAUCCAUCAGUAUUAUAUACCGAGUGUGAACUGUACUCGAAACAAUUGUUCUGCUCAAUUUUCUGGAUGUAGUCGAUUUUGAGAAUAUAUUGUCUUAAAUAGUUUAACCAAUCUUUGAGAUCUUACCACAUUUGAACAGACUUGUAAAGCUGUUAAAU